AUGAUCGUUUCCACUGCUGACGUCGAGAGUCCAGACGGCCACCCGAAGGUUAUAUCGGGAGGUGGUUGCCUGUUCCCGACUAACUACCAAAUCGAUUUCCGCCAGGUCGAUCCAUGGAUGUGUCCUAUAGCAGGCUGCAAGAAGGAUUUCCCACAGGUCUCCCAGCUUGGACUUCACUUCUCGAGGGCCCAUCGCAAAUUGCUUCUAUACGACGAACUUCGCCGCGGUUUCUUCUGGCCGAUCGGCGAGCGGAAGACUCCAGAUAAAGACGGCAGAUUUCGCUCCAUUGUGGUCACGAGGGGAUACUUUGAGCCAGACAAGGAGCGCAAACGCACUGAUGUUCGACAGCCACCGGAGGAUUGGGAGUCCUAUAUCAACCCAACGGCUGUCAAAGAUAUCAGGGCGCCCAAUCUACCGGAGACUGCUGCAGCUCCUGUCGUCCCUUCGCCUGUCGCCCCUCCUCUGGCUGCCCCUUCUCCUCCGAGACCUUCGACAGCUUCUGCGUCCAGACCCUCCGUCGCCCCAGCGAUUGCUACACCUCGUAUCGAAGCUGCUACUAUCGCCGGAUCUGUGGGCUGUCCCACCGGCAAUUCCAUUCACGAGGCUAUCGACAUUAGUAGCGACGAGGAGGAUGUGGAGCCUAGCUUGGCCGAAUUGCAAAGGGAGAGCGACUCCGCGGCUUCGGGGCCUCAGAGAGUCGAGGCACAGAGGGUGGCGCAAAGCUCGGCUGGCAACGACCCAGACACUGAAGAGGAUCACUUCCAGGACGACCCCCUGAUGUCCAACGGCCCCGUCGAGCCGGUAGAUAACCGCGAUGGGAGCACACAAGGACCGGAAAACCACCACGUCCCUGAAGCAAGGUCUAGGAUCGUGGACCAACCUUCGCGACCUGAAGGAUCGGAUAUCUGGACCUACAUCACCCAGUUUGCCAGGACUCCUACGCCACGUCCUAGCGAUGACGCCAUCACCAAGCUACUCACAAUGUCCAAACGUCAGGAUCUUCCUGUCAACUGGCAACAACGACUUCACGCCUUCGAUACCCUCAGUCUUCAUCAGCUUACAUCAGUCAUACUUUAUCUUGGUGGAGAGGCCGCCUUAACCAGUCCUUGUAUACCUAUGGGUUGCAACCUAAGGCCUGGUGCCAUCAAUUGUGCCGACCCUGAUCACGAUAAGGGACUAUGUCGAAGCUGCCUUUUCGCAUUCCCACGGUGUGUUAUCUUGCCUCAAUAUCUCUUUGCAUCUGAGGGCAUCGGAAAGCGAUUGGAGUGUUACUUUUGCUGCAAUUCUUACUACCGGGGUAUGGGCCACAGGCUCAGAGGGGUUAUCGGAAGCCGUUACAUGGAUGAGAUUGCUGGCAUCAAGACAAAUGGGACUGAGAAGAUCCAGCAGACCAGCGACAACCCAACGAGCAAGCAGAGCAAUGCCCAACUGGCAAGCUUUAACUCAUCCGCAGUCCAAAAGCAACCCCUACCGGAAAGCUCUUCCGCAUGGGACUACAUCAUGAGUUUCAGUAAAAUCAACAUCCUCGUUCCGAAUGAUGAGGCAAUUCUCGAGCUCCUGGCACUCCCUCGAAUUCGAGAGCUUCCAUUGUCGUGGAAGUAUCAGUUGGGUGCCUUCGACGAGCUAGAUCUCAAAUCAUACACAUCUUUGAUUCUGUAUCUUGUCGGCGACGAGGCUGUCCGUAGUCCGUGCAAUACGAUGGGUUGCAUUCGAAAUGAGAGCGUUGUACAGGCUGCUGCAGAGCUUGCUUCAAGAGAGGAUGAUAAACACUGGAAUCGUGUAAAUGUCAAAUACGCCUUUCCGAAGUGUGUUUUUCUGCCCCGGCAUCUUCUCAGCUCCCAGGCCCUUGGCAAGCGAUUGGGGAUCAAGACUUGCUGUAAUGCAUAUUACAGGAUUGACAAAACAUCCGACAAGGCCAGCAAGGAGCAGGUUAUGGUAGUGCUGGGUCGGACAGGCACUGAUGGAAACGCUAACCAGAGGGCACCCAGGAGCUCGGCCUCUGCCGUGACGGCAAAUUCGGGAUCGACCAAUGCCAAAGCUACCAAUAAGCCACUUUCAUCAACAUCGGGAGCAUCUGCGAGUAGAUCUCCCUUUAUAUCUUCGUCAACAACAGCCUUCACCGGUCUGGCUAUCCGCAACAAACCCCAAGCCACUCCGCAACAACGGAACAACAAAGCCUCAUCGCAGAAGUCCUCGGGAACGUUUUGCAUCCCGGAGGGCACCCCUGGCCAAGUGUUCUUACUCAAGGGCACGGAAACCAAGCUCAUUCAGUCCUCCAGAAACCAAAUUUUGAGAUGCAAGGUCCUGGCUGGCUCUGGCGUCAAGUGGCAGUUGGUUGGAUGCAAAGAAAUCAAGGCAUACGAGGGCCACUGGAAUGGCGAGUGGGAGAUCCCUCCUGACUCUCAGUGCCUCAUCAAGAAUAUCCAUCCGGAGAAGUCUAUUCCUGGUAACCUUACGUGCGUUGACGUCAAUCCUAAGAAGCGGGUGGUGAAAGCUGGUCUGGCUUAG